UUUGCUGGGAGAAUAUUCUCCAGCUACCACCCUGGCCGUAGGUCACCGGGCCCGCUUCAUACUGAUGUCCCUGCAUUAGUUUUUUUCCCCUUGCCCCUUUCUGCUGAUCCCCCACCAUGUCUCUCGAGAGCCUUAUUGCCCGCCUUGAGGUCGCCACCACCCGCCUGGAGGCCCUCGCCUCCGGCUCCGGCCCCGCCGCCGGCGCCGCCGCCGGUGGUGAUUUCGACGCCUCCUCCUCGGAGAUGAUCACCGCCUACGAUGACAUCAUCAACGGUGCCCUCAAGACCUACCUGUCUCUCUCGAGCACCAUCGGUGGCCUGGUCAAGGACCAGUCCGACGAGGUCGCCAAGGUCUUCAACGCCCAGCGCGCCUUCCUGACCGUCGCCGCUUCCUCCAAGAAGCCCUCGGAUGCGGUCCUCGGCGAGCUGCUGGCCCCCACCUCCGGCGCCAUCGCCGCUGCCCAGGGCAUCCGCGACCAGAACCGCGGCGCUCGCGACGUUUUCAACCACCUGACCGCCAUCUAUGAGGGCCUCCCCGCCCUUGGCUGGGUCCUGGUUGCCCCGGCUCCCGUUCCCCAGAUCAAGCAGUUCUCCGAGGCCGCUCAGUUCUACUCCAACCGCGUGCUGAAGGACUUCCGCGGCAAGGAUGACACCCAGGCCAGCUGGGCCCAGUCCGUCCCGGCCCUCUUCAACGAGCUGGCCGACUUCGUCAAGAAGUUCCACACCACCGGUCUCGUCUGGAACCCGGCCGGCAAGGAGGCCACCGCCGCUUCGGUCCCCGCCGCCGCCGCCGCCGCCGCCCCGGCCGCCGCCGAGAAGCCCGCCGUCAGCCCCAAGCCCGAGGCCAUCAAGAGCGUCCCGGCUGCCUCGGUCGCCCCGACCGCCGCCGCCGGUGCCUCUCUCUUCGGCGAGCUGAACCAGGGUGGCAGUGUCACCUCCGGCCUGCGCAAGGUCGACCAGUCCCAGAUGACCCACAAGAACCCGGAGCUCCGCUCUUCCUCCGUCGUGGCGGCCGCCCCCUCGCGCGCCGCCCCCAAGGAGGCCGUCGGUCAGACCGAGCUCCUCGGCAACAAGUGGGACGUCCAGAACCACAUCGGCCAGACCAUCACCAUCGAGUCCCAGGAGACCCGCCAGACUGUCUACAUCUACAACUGCAGCAACACCACCAUCUUCAUCAAGGGCAAGGUCAACGCCGUCACCGUCGACAAGUGCAAGAAGGUUGCCGUCGUUGUGGACACCGUCAUCUCCGGUGUCGAGAUCGUCAACUCCCAGAGCGGCCAGUUCCAGAUCCUGGAGAAGUGCCCGACCAUCAACAUCGACAAGACCGAUGGCCUGCAGCUCUACCUCAGCAAGGAUGCCAUCGACAUUGACAUCCUCACCGCCAAGUCCUCCGAGCUCAACGUCUACACCCCCGGCAAGACCGAGGAUGACGACCACCUCGAGACCCCGCUGCCGGAGCAGUUCAAGUCCACCUUCUGCAAGGAGACCCGCACCUGGAUCACCGAGACCAUCAAGCACGGUUAAAUGGCGCUCGCCUGUGUGUGCGUCUGGGCGCGCGCGCAUAUGCAUCUGUGCGUGUGUGCGUGUGUGCGUGUGUGCGUGUCCCGCACACAGCCAGCCACAUGUAUGUGAGACCCCGGGCCGCGAGUGGCCAGUGGGGGAAAAGGAGAGGGGUGCGCAUGCCGGUCGGAUGCCUGCCUGUCCUUCCUGUCGCGUCCCCCUCUUUCCUCCUCGCGCUUGCCACAUUCCGACAUUUUCAUGUGCGCCCCUCCUGGGCCUCUCCAGUCCCGCGCCGCGGUGUGCAUGUGUGUCCUUCGCACUCGCGUGUGCAAACGCAGAGGGGCCGACGAGAGGUCUCUUCUUCUCCCUGCGUGCCUGUGCGCGCCCUCCAACACAUUGUCAAUACAUGGUGCAAGUGAUGAA